UAUCAGGCAGGUUAGGGUGGUCUGAUGGAGAACCUUUUCAGCAAGGGAAUGCCAUUUCUAAUAAUUUUAUUGACUAUUCAAAUUACUAUUGUGUUUUCAUGUCUGGUAGUGGAAACUGGUUUGGUAGCGACUGUCUGUACAGUACGUCUUUCUACUGCUAUCGGUUCCUGAUUCUGGUGAAGGAGAACAAGACCUGGGAUGAGGCUCAGGAAUUCUGUAGGACUAAUUACACUGGUUUGGCCUCAGUGACCUCUGUCUCGAGUCUGCAGCAGCUGAAACUAGAAACAGUAGAGACUCAGACAGAGAACGUGUGGACCGGUCUGACCCUCAUGGAUGGAACAUGGCUGUGGGUGAGCGGGGAGCCGCUGGGGAACCUGGUCUCAAUGCCACCUCAAUGUCCGGCUCUACCUUACCGCUGUGGAUCUCUCAACACCACGUCAAACACCUUGAAUAAACAAAACUGCAAUGACAAACUGAACUUCGUCUGCUACUGGAAGUGAUUUUACACAAGUACAAAUCUGUUUCAGGAAGAACACAUGCAUCACACAAUAUAACCAUUUAUUAUUUAUUCUUUUUAGCUUCAUUCACUAAUAUUAAACUGGGUUUUAGGUUUAGAUUCUGAUCGAACUGAACAUAUGAGGAG